AGUAUCUGGAGUCACCUAUAUAAUCUACCCAGUCAACAACGGUAGCCGAUACUCCAUUCAUUUACAGGUUGCAUUUUUAACAUCGGUUUUUCUUUUUGCAACUCUAAAAAUGGCAAACCCAUACCCUUUCCAAGACAAGGUCAUUGUUGUCUCUGGCGCUAGUCGGGGAACAGGCCUGGCCCUCUCACGUUACCUUUUGGUUCGUGGGGCAAAGGUUUCUAUGGCUGCUACUUCUGAGGAGAACUUGAAGAAAGCGAUUGCUGGGAUUGAGCAGGAUAUUCCUGAUGUGAAGGAUCGGGUUAUCUAUUUUCCUACUGAUGUCAGGAAGCCUGAUGAUGUCAAGGCUUGGAUUGAGGGGACGGUUGCCAAGUGGGGAGAGUUGGAUGGUGCUGCAAAUGUUGCAGCCAAGAUGAAUAAGAGCAUUCAUCCUAUUGAAGACCUUGAACUGGACGAGUUGAAGGAGGUUCUCGAUGUAAAUGUCAUCGGCACCUUCAACAGCAUCAAAUACGAGAUGAAGAACAUGAAACCUGGAGGUAGUAUCGUCAAUUGUGGUAGUCAACAGGUCAAGUAUGCUUCUGGAAACAUGGGAGCAUACGCAGCUUCAAAGAACGCCAUCCGUGGCUUGAGUCAAUCAGCCGCAUAUGAAGGUGGUACCAAGUAUCCCAAGAACCCCAUCAGAGUCAACCUUCUAUGCCCUGGUUGCAUUGAUACCGACAUGAUUCAUCAGCCUCUACAUUUGCCAAAUGGUGCGGGUACAUGGACGAUGACGGAGGGUGAUCACUUGACAUCUAUCAUCAAGCGCUACUCCAAGCCAGAGGAGAUUGCUGCUUCCAUCGCAUUCUUACUGGGAGAUGAGAGCAGAUUCAUGACAAAGCAGGAGAUUUAUGUUGAUGGUGGCUGGAUGGAGGCCAACUAUGUAGCAUAACAUGUUAUCGAAGGCUGAUUCUCUAGAUAUUGACGCGAGCAAAUGCC